AUGACUGGAUUUCUCCUCAUGGGGUUCUCUGACAACCCGGAGCUGCAGAUCUUGCAUGCUUUGCUCUUCUUGGUGAUACACCUAUUCAGCUCAGCAAGGAACUUCAUCAUUAUCACCAUCACAAUACUGGACACUGGCAGGAAGUGGAUACAGUGCAUGCUGCAGAUUUUUUUCUUCAUAGGUUUUGCCUGGAGUGAGAUCUCGAUUCUCACAGUGAUGUCUUAUGACCGCUAUGUGGCCAUCUGCCUCCCAUUACCCUAUGAGGUCAUCAUGAGUCCCAGAAAGUGCACUUGGGUUGUGGCAGCUGUGUGGCCAAGUGGAAGCAUCUCUGGAACUUUAUACACCACAGGUAUACUAUCUAUCAGAUUCUGUGGUAAUAGAAUAAUUCACCAAUUCUUCUGUGAUGUCUCCCAGUUGCUCAAACUCUCCUGCUCUAAUGAUUACUUUGUAAUAAUGGGAGUGGUUAAUUUCGUCGCUGUAAUGGCCUUUGCUUUAUUGGGAUUGUCAUCUCCUAUGUCCACAUAUUCUCCACAGUUCUCAGGAUGCCCUCUGCUAAAAGCAGGUCUAAGGUCUUCUCUACUUGCCUGCCCUAUCUAUUUGUUGUCUCAUUGUUUCUUUCUACAGGAACCUUUGCAUAUCUCAACCCAGCCUCAGACUCUCCAACUGCUUUAG